GAAGGAAACAAACAAUUCACGAUUCAGAUAAUAUUUUCCGAAAUUCGCAGCUUCGUUAACAAAAGGAGAAAGCUAAGAAGAGAUGGCGGCGGCGAAAGAAGGAAGCAGGAUAUUCGUUGGUGGUUUAUCACCGGAGGUGACAGAGAGAGACCUUGAGCGAACUUUUAGCCGUUUCGGUGACAUUCUCGAUUGUCAGAUCAUGAUGGAGAGAGAUACCGGUCGUUCACGUGGAUUUGGGUUUAUUACCUUUGCUGAUCGCCGUGCUAUGGAUGAGUCCAUCAGAGAGAUGCAUGGAAGAGACUUUGGUGAUCGGGUCAUCUCAGUGAACAGAGCUGAGCCGAAAAUGGGGAGAGAUGAUGGGGAUAGUCAUGGCUCUAGAGGUGGCAGAGAUGGUGGGUAUUCAUUGGCUGGAAAGGGAAGCUUUGGUGGAGGUGGUCGUGUUGGUGAAGAUGAAUGCUUCAAAUGUGGAAGGGUUGGGCACUGGGCCCGUGAUUGCCCGUCUUCUGGUGGUCGUGGUGGACCCGUUGGUGGCUUUUCAUCCCGUGCUGCAUAUGGAGGAUCUGAUGGACGUGUGGACCGUUAUGCAGACCGUGAGCGAUAUGCAGACCGUGAACGUUACAUAGAUGAUCGAUAUGAUGGUGCUCCACGCUUUAGUGCUAGAGACAGGUUUGACAGCAGGGAAGCUUACAUCCCCCGUGAUCGAUACGCCAGUGACAGGUAUGCAGCCCCGGUUGAUCGGUUUGCUGGCGGGGAUAGAUACAGCCGUGGAGCAGACCGUUACCCUCCAGCGAGUUAUGACAAGCCUCGGUCCUUUGAGAGAGACGUAGUCCCGAGUGGAGGCAGCGACAGGUAUGGUGGUGGUAGAGCUGGUGGGCCUAUACGUGGAGGAGACGAGGGAAGAGGGUUUAGAAGCAGAGCCAGUGGUCCAUAUGAGAGGCCGAGCCGAAGCAGUGGUGGUGGUGGUGGUUAUCCAUCGUCCGGUACUUUUGACCGUUACUAAGGCAAGAAUGAAUGAAGAAGUGAAUGAUGCUGGGUUAGGGUUAUUUACAUUCAGUCUUGUGUGUGUGCGUAUGUGGUAAUGAAUAUCUCUGUAAGCGUUCUUAUAUGUAAAGACUUCUUUCAUGUUAUGUUAGUUUGGAGAACUGAUUAGCUUUGUAUCUUGAUAUUUUAUUUGGUUUGUCUCUGGUACAAUUACAAUGACUUUGAGCUUCGAGUUUUGUCCUGUGUUUAAAUCACUUAUCCUGAG